CAUCUGAACGGGCGGAGCGAGGCAGCACAACUGCGGGAGGCAAAUCCCCUUCAAAAACUCCCGAUGAACCGCCAGAAAAGCCGCUCACCAGCAGUGGCGGCGGCGGUCAUGCUCGCGGGAGCACAGGCGGCAGUGGCGGCGCAGGGCGCGAGGGCAGGGGGAAGAAGGGCAAGGCGCGGAUCGACCCGGUGGGGAUCGUGGCGAGCGACCCGUCGCUGAAGGCGUUUGAGGGCGAGCUGCGCGCGCGGUACAAGCGACUCAAGGACCUGCGGCAGUACAUCGACGAGGAGGACGAGGACCUGCUCGAACUCGCCAACGCGCACAAGAUGAUGGGGCUGCACCGCCAUCCGUGGCACUGCAUCGAGCUCUAUGAAUGGGCGCCAGGCGCAACGCGCUGUGCGCUGGUAGGCUCGUUCAACAACUGGGAUGGUACAGAAGCCGUGUCAGAGAAAGGCCCAGCAGGGUGCGACGAGCUGGGCGUGCACCGCGUGGUGCUGCAGGACCGCCUGCGCGCAGGGCAGCAGGCAGACCCGUUCGGACAGGAGUACAACUAUGAUGUGGAGACGGACAGUGGUGAUAGGGACCUGGACUGGGAGGGGCUGUAUAGGGCCGCUCAGGACAGGUACUGGGAGGAGGGCGAGGACCAUCUGAUGCAUGAGUAUGUGGAUCCUGAUUUCGAGGAGGAGGAGGCGGAGGAGGGGGGUGGAGGGAGUGCGGUUGAGGGAGAGGAUGGGGGAUUGGAGGAGGGGGAGGAAGGGGGGUUGAGAGAGGGGUUAGGUGGUGAUGGUGGUGGCGGUGGUGGGGGGGAGGGGGGAGGGGAAGGGAGUAAGCAGCAUGUGCAGGGCAAGGAAUGGGUUGCGAAGGUGAGGGAGACAGGGGCGUACAAGGGGUGGGUGAACGGGCCGAUGCACUUGACUGAAGCACAACAGCGGGAGGAGGAGCAGGAAGACGGGCAGACAGAGGGGCAAGCAGCACAGAAACCCACACGCAGGCAGCAUUCAAAGGCAUCCAGCGCAGGCAGCAGCAGAUCCGGCAAGUCAAGCAAGCUACCGCCCAUCGCAGUGCCGUACACAGGCAGCGAGGGCGUGGGUGUGGGCGACUGGCAGCUGCUUAAAGACCCCGCAUGGGCAGCAUACGUGGAGAACAAGCAGUUGCCGUACCCGUACUGGCUGGCGGAGAGGAAGGGGCGUGCGGCAUGGGCGAGGAAGUAUGAAGCGGCAGUGAGGCAUGGGGACCGGUGGAGGGUGCAGCUGAGCACGGCUCAGGGCGUGCUGCAGCGCGUGUCCGCGUGGGCCACGUUUGUUGCUCCAGGUGGGGUGGGGGAUGGAUGUGUGAUGUUGCUGGGUACUGUGCUCAUGCGCUGGAUCGCCACAU